CUGGUGUGGGUCAUUUGAAGGUUAGCAGCCUGGGAAGGGUUCAUGGAAAGUUCACUCGCAUAUAUUAGGCAAUUCAAUCUUUCAUUUUGUGUGACACAAGUAGUAGGAAGUGAGCUGUUCAAAAGCAGAAGGAUCUAUUUGCUACAGAAGGGGGGACCGUACUGCUAGCUGACAUAAAUUUAGUUAUUUUUUCCGACUUUCGGCUCAGUUGCUCACUGAUACAAGCAGCAGCUGAAUAGCUGCUACAGAAGGCUACAAGCACCUCCAGGAAUUUAGAUGCAUUUUGCCUGGAGCUGACAGCUUGGAUUUCUUCAUUGCCUCCCCCCCCCUGCGCUCCGCUGGAAUGGUUGGGAAGCUUGGAAAAUAGUAAAUGAUCAUUUGGAUCAAUUACAGGCUUUUAGCUGUGUUGUCUGUCAUAAUUCAUGAUUCUGAUCUGGGAAAAAGACCAACAGCCUAAGUGCCAAAAAAAGGGGGCAGAGUUUGAUGGAGUUGGGUGUACUUUUUCGAUAGCGAUUUGCCGUGCACCUAAAGGAUAAGCACUUUAGCUAAUAUUGUGUAUAGGGGGGGGAAUCAUGUUUGACUGUAUGGAUGUUCUGGCAGUGAGUCCUGGGCAAAUGCUGGAUUUCUACACUGCGAGCCCGUCUUCCUGCAUGCUCCAGGAGAAAGCUCUCAAAGCAUGCUUCAGUGGAUUGGCACAGACAGAAUGGCAACACCGGCACAGUGCUCAAUCCAUCGAAACCCAGAGCACAAGUUCAGAAGACCUGGUACCAAGUCCGCCAUCACCACCUCCACCACCUCGAGUUUACAAGCCCUGUUUUGUGUGUCAGGAUAAGUCAUCAGGGUAUCAUUAUGGAGUCAGUGCAUGUGAGGGAUGCAAGGGUUUCUUCCGGCGGAGUAUUCAGAAAAACAUGGUAUACACUUGUCACAGAGAAAAGAACUGCGUUAUCAAUAAAGUUACAAGGAAUCGCUGCCAGUACUGCCGGCUGCAGAGGUGCUUUCAAGUGGGCAUGUCCAAAGAAUCAGUCAGAAAUGACAGAAACAAGAAGAAGAAGGAACCUUCAAAGAUAGAGUUCAUAGAGAACUACGAGAUGACAGCAGAGCUGGAUGACCUGGCAGAGAAAAUCAGAAAAGCUCAUCAAGAGACCUUUCCCUCGCUAUGUCAACUGGGAAAAUACACUACGAACUCCAGCGCAGAUCAACGUGUACGGCUAGACCUUGGACUAUGGGACAAAUUUAGCGAACUAGCGACAAAGUGCAUUAUUAAAAUAGUGGAAUUUGCAAAACGCUUACCCGGAUUCACUAGCCUGACCAUAGCAGAUCAGAUCACACUACUUAAAGCCGCUUGUCUGGAUAUUUUGAUUCUCCGAAUUUGCACAAGAUUCACACCAGAGCAGGAUACUAUGACCUUCUCAGAUGGCCUUACCCUCAACCGAACUCAGAUGCACAAUGCUGGAUUUGGUCCACUCACUGACCUCGUGUUCACGUUUGCCAAUCAGCUCCUGCCCUUGGAAAUGGAUGACACAGAAACUGGCCUGCUCAGUGCCAUCUGCUUAAUUUGUGAAGAUCGACAGGAUCUGGAAGAACCGGCAAAAGUGGACAAACUGCAAGAGCCGCUGCUAGAAGCUCUGAAAAUUUAUAUCAGAAAGAGGAGGCCCAACAAGCCCCACAUGUUUCCAAAGAUUCUUAUGAAGAUCACAGAUCUCCGCAGCAUCAGUGCAAAAGGUGCAGAACGUGUUAUUACACUAAAGCUGGAAAUUCCUGGCUCGAUGCCGCCGCUCAUUCAGGAAAUGUUGGAGAACUCGGAGGGGCACGAGGCCUCGGCAGCCAGUCCGACAGAGGACACAAAAGAGCACAGUCACCGCAUCUCACCCAGCUCAGAGGAGGAGCGUGUUAGCAAAUGUGCACGGGUUCAAUAGGACAUUUCCCCUCUACUCCCGACAUUCCCACCAUGAGAAGCGCACAGGGAUGAAAAGCAAGGAGCGUCAUUUAUUCCCGCUGCUGACUUUGCAGACUUGAUGUCAUGUUAAACCCCUCCCCGCCCCACAAAAAGACCAAGUUUAUUCUCAUUUAUAUAAACCUAUAUACUGUUGCUGUUUACAUUCUUGACUUCUUUGGACUCUUAUUAGAAGAAAAGAAAAACUA